AUGCGCCCAUUCAUCGGUGUUAGUCUCUGUGUUGUCGUUGUGGCCGACAUUUACUACAAACUCCUCUUACUAUCACUACUUUUAGUCAUUUUGUUUUCCGUACUCAUAUUCAACGCCAUCGUCUUUGACUUGAGUUACGACCACAAGAUUGUCGUCAAGAAUAUCUGCGACCAGUUCGCCACCACCACCGCCGAUGACGACCCCCGCUAUCACCUCACGUACCACUCACUGCCACCACCGACCGAUCAAAUAGCACCCGAUGGCCACCACCACCAGCACCGCACACGAGACACCAGUUUUGUCAACAUAUCGGACAAUAUCCUCAUCUACUCGGCCUUCGAGGCGGACACCGAUUAUCUGGUGCUCAUCGGGUUGGCGAAGAACUUGGAGCCGGUUAGCGAUGACUACAAUUACUACAACUACAACAACAGCUACCGAUUCACGGAUUAUCACUACUUGUGUGCGUUUGGCGCCGAUAUAGAGCUCAAGACGGAA